AUGGGCCGCAACCGCAAGGCCUGGUUCGGUGGUUCCUGGCCUCCUGUGCGUGACGCGCUUCAUAACGAGCCUAACGAGAGCUCGGCCUACUUGUAUGCGAAGGUGCUCUCCCAGAUCUUGUAUGGUUGCUUAAAAAAAUAUACAAACUCCACAGGAGAGGUCGAAACCCUCGCCGCGGCACCGCCGCCACCGCCGCCGCUGCUGGACGAGCUCCUCGAGGAGGUCUUCCUCCGCCUCCCGCCGGACGAGCCACACCACCUCGCCCGCGCCUCCGCCGUCUGCAAGCCGUGGCGCCGCCUCAUCGCCGGCCGCGGGUUCCGCCGCCGCUACCUCAAGUUCCACGGGGCGCCUCCCGUGCUGGGGCUCAUCCAUAACGGCGGCCGUUCCGACGCCCGUCUCGUCCCCACCUCCGCCGCCUCCCGCCGUUUUCGUCCCCGCGGCCUUUUCGCCGUUGACUGCCGCCAUGGCCGCGCCCUUUUCGUCCGCUCUGGCCGACAAGAACUCAUAGUUGCUCUUCAGGCACGAAAGGGCCUCCUCCUCGUCUGGGACCCCGUGACGGCAUACCAGACCCGCGUCCCUCCGCCCAACAUGAGAUACACGUCGGGCUUCGGCGCGGCGGUGCUCUGCGCCGCUCAAGGCUGCGACCACUCCGGCUGCCAAGGAGGGCCGUUCCUUGUGGCCGUCGUGGCCGUCGGUCAGGACCCAGAGAUAUGCGCCCGCCUCUACUCUUCAGAGACUGGCACAUGGAGCCAAGUAACCUCGGUUCAUCACCCCCAUCCCCUAUGCUCCAAACUUAUGCGUAGCAUCCUUGUGGGCGAUGCAUUGUGCUUCACAAGCGUCAGUAACCAAAUCAUCGAGUACCGACUCGGUACCCGUCGCUUGUCUCUCAUCGAUUUGCCGCCUGAGCCUGAGGGUAUCCCUGGGAGGCUCGUCAUGGCACAAGAUGGUGGUUUGGGAUUUGCUAAGUCGGAUGGUGCAACACUAACCUUGUGGUCGAGGGCCGCCAGCCCCAAUGGAGCUCUAGGAUGGGCAAAACACCGGGUCGUCAAUCUUGAGACACUGCUCCCUCGCGGCGCCCUCUCGUCUGAGACCAUGCAAUGGAAGCAGCUCGUACAGGCCAGGGGCAAUGAGGUUGUGUUUCAACUGUUUGGCAAGGCCUGAUAAUUUCUAGAGCAAAGGCUUAUGGAUCAAGGGACAGGUGGUAGACUGGUAGGAGUAGUGAUCUUAGAUACUCCCUCUGAUCGAACCAUAAAAAGUGUCUUGGAUUUAGUCAAAAGUUAGUACAAUUUCCAACUUAUUGGUUUAUUAUCAUGCAAAACCCGAUAUCUCAUUUAUUUCUGAAGUUGAACUACAUUAUGUUCCAAUGCUGUCUGCACUGUAUCUUUUCGGUAACAGUAUGUUCCUAUACGUACUUUCUGAUAUCUUUUCAGUUUUCUUUCCUAAGUGUUACAUUGGAAGUGAGGAUAGAGUGAUGUAGCUACCAGGUUGUAUUGGUAGUCCCAAGUUGUAGUUUCGGCCAUUUCUUCAAAGUAGCCAAGUUAUGCUCCUAGUUUGAUUGUGCAUGGUUCUGAAGUACUGAGAAAGCUGAAGGAAUUCUUGGACAAGCGUGGAACUGUGAACUGACAUGGUUAAACUAUGUGAGCUGCAUGUCUAUGUCAAGGAUUCAAGGUAAUAAUUCGCUCAAAACGUGACUCUGUAUAGUAAGUUAUUUUUUCUUCCUUGGGACUCAUAGUAAGGAUUUAUCCUGUCGUGCUUCCUUUUAUGCAUCAUGUGCUUGAGCUGUUUCCAGGGUUUGCAAUUUUGAACAAUGGACCAGCUGUUAUCCACUCUCUUUCAUAAAAACAAGGCUAACUCAGAAACGUUUGGAGCAAUCUGGAACCAUGGCUGAAUCUGAAACAGGUUUGGUGGUUUAUCCUCAGAACGGUGAAACAUUGGAGGAUAUUUUUUGGCCAAGGACUUGCUGUUGGUUCAGUUGUAGCUGUUCUCAUGUUCUCAUAUGAGCCGCUGUGUGCUGUUGUAUCUAGUAUGGGGUAUGGCAGAGAGGCUAACUGCUAGCUGUUUCUCGUUUGUAAUUUGGUGGGUGUUCUUUUGGUUGCCCUACAAGAACUGUCCUUUGAUGCAUCGUUACAAAAAGUGUCCUUUGAUGCAUCGUUAUGUGGCAGAGCUACUACUUAUACUUCCUGCUGUGCUGCGUGAUUAAUGAUAAAUUCAGUCUAUGUUCGUCAUGUU